GACAUUUUGGCCAUCCAAUCCAAAGAGACAAACAACAAAUCGAUAUUCAGAAAGAGUUACUAUUAAAAGGGAGGCAGAAAAGAUAGUCUUUGAAAUCGAAAUUUUGUAUUUACUUUUAACUUAUAUAGUAUAAACAAUUUAAUAUAGUUACAAAUUUACAAGUUAACAAUAUUAGCAAAACGACCGAUAAUUCCAAUAAUCAUGAAUAACAAAGUGAAUAAUGGUUAUCCGUAUGAUGCAGCUCAAUCAGCGGCAUAUCAGCAAUACAUGAACAGUCAAAUACCGGCACACGCUCAGUUGCCCCCGUCGUACAGUUCCGUGAUGACUAGCAUGACUCCCGCUGGUUACUCGCCUUACCCGCCGGGGCUGGUCCAUCAGCAGCCAUUCUAUGCUGCCAACGGUUGGAGCGUCAAUCCGUCGGCACCGCCACCGGCUGCCGCCCCGAUGCAGUUUGCGCCCUCUCAUCUUCCGCCACCACCACCGUAUGCUGCGGCCGUGUCCCAGCCGUCCGGUACCAUCACCGCGAUCCCAACCCAGACGGUCGUUCACCCGGGCACCAUGUACCAGUAUCAGAUUGCUGCUGGGCCACCGACACACCAGGGUCAACCGCAGCAGGUUUACCACCAGACACCAAUCUAUCCCGUUCAGGGUGCCAUGUACGAUGCCGGUGCUCGUUUCGGUAAAACCGGUGGGUCCGCCAGCAUUCCUCCUCCGCCGCCUGGAAUCGCCCCUAACGCUGCCCAAAUGGCUGCCAUGCAAGGUCAACAGGUUGUGAUGACCAAGAAGAAGAACAAUUUCCUCCACGGUGGCAACGGGGCCGGUUUCACGUUCUGGUAAAUCGUAAAUUCAUCAUCUUCUUCGAACGAUCCUGAUGGUCACACAAAAACCCCCAGCAGUUGGUAGUGAUUUGUGAGUAUUAUCUUAGGAAGGGAGAAAAUCAACUAAAAAAAAGUUUGAAAAAAAAAUCAAUAAAACUACCAACCAGUGAUUCUAUAUUGCUCCAAAAACAAAUAAGAGACACAACUUUCCAAGAAGUGUGCUGCUUACGUUUCACCGAACUUUUUGUUACCCAAUCUUUUUCUGUUGGAAUCGACCAUUUCAAGCAAUUCCCUAAAUAUUGUUCACACCCAGCUUGUUUUUGAGCUGAAUUUUUUCGUUGUAAGAAAUACGUGAUGCCAUUGUGUUGUUUCGAUUUCCCGUUUAUUUGAGAUAGUUAUUUUUUUGUUUAUUUUGUUUCACAGUUUGACUGAAUAUUAUAUAUAUACAUCUAAAAAUAUAUAUACCACAAGCGAAAAAACUUGUAUUAUUUAGUGAAAUGCAAAUAUCAAAAAAGAAGAAAAAGGUAAAAAAAAGUUGAAAGUUGAGAUGAAAAACCAAGUGAAUUGUAACGAAUUGCGUAAGACGAUGAAAUUAGCAGCAAACACACUAACAAAAAAAAACAAACCUCUAGAUAACAUAACUCCGCAUAGAGGAAAAAAGUUACUGAAUACACUUUUCCCAAAAAAAAGAACCCCGAAGAGUUGCUAACAUUUGAAAAAAAAACCUCGAGGAGCGAGUACAGGUAUCGGACCUAACAUAGUGUUAUUAGAAAGGGCCAGCAAAUUACCGCGUAGAAAGUUACAAAUUUUAAUCGGACCAUCUUAUAGCGGGGUAUUCACACAAAUACAACUUACGAAACUAUACUUAAACCAAUCAAAAUUACAAACAAAAUCUGAAAUAGGGCAGCAGCUCGUGGACGACUCGGAUGCCGAUGACUUAAAUAUUUUAUUAAUCAAACAUUUUUAUGACUCAAUAAUCACAAACGGACCUUAGUGGGUUACACCUAUUUUUUGAACCAAAUUAAGUUUGAUGUAAAUUUAUGUUGACAGCAUGUAAAUUUGCAGUGAAACAUCUGUUCAUUUAGAAAACGGCCGAAAUUAAUUGCGGUUACAUAUUUUUUGGUUAAGUCUCUGAAAGACUUAUGAUGGUAUCACCAAUAUCUCAAAUGAUUCAUUCCGGAUAACGGUCCAAAUUAGUUAAACUCAUCCUUCGCGUGACUUUUUGCAUGCAUGGAAUGAUGGAAGACGAAGUGAGUCGUUCAACGAGUUUCCCCAAACUUUAAGUUUGUUUCAAAUAGUGAACCAACCCAAUAAAGAAAUAGCAUAAACGAAGCACAAAAUCCAUCAUUAGGUUACCAUUAUUUCUCACAAAUACAAGAAAAAAAACGUCACCUGCCCUCACAAACACAAACGAAGCAACAGCAUCUAACAAAUUUUGAACGAAAAAAAUACACCCCCUGGACACUAAAACUUUAAUCAGUAAACCAAAAAUUAAAACAACUAAACAUCAUAGAAACCAAGUUCUACUAUAACAGAGAAAAAAAUACUACCAAACAAAAAUGCCAUAGUACAGAAAAAACAAAAAUAAAAGCAGAAAAUACCAACCAUAUAGAAAAACGAAAAAAAAAAACAGAAACACAAAAAGUAAGCCUCUUAUCGAAUACAACUAAAGAUAACAAAAAGUCAUUUUAUUUGUAUUAUUACUAUGAUUUUUUUGUUUCUUAAAACAAUCGCCAAAAUAUGUAUUCAAGCAGUCAAUAUGCAAAAAAAAAAGUAUAAAUUGAAGAAAGAAAAAUAAAAACACACACACAAAACGAAGAAAAUAAAAAUAUACAUGAGAAAAAAAAAGAAGCAAUUGCCCGAAGCAAUCCCGAUAGAGAACGAAGGAAGGAAAAUAAAACAAAAAAGUAUUCGCAAUUUGUUUAGUUGGA